CCUUGAUUAGUUGAGACAAGUAUGUUAGUGAGCUAUUGGGCCAGGAAAAAAGUAACUAAUUUCAGUACAUUGUGCUGAAAACCUGCAGGACCAUCGCCCAGAUUUUGCCCAUUCGAUAUGAUUAAAUGCACAGAAAUAGAAUGGACAAAUCAUUGUCUUGAAUGUGGAUACCUUUCUAUUCAAUACAUUUCUAUGCAUUUAAUCCUGUACGAAAGGUGAAAUCCAGAUGGAUAAUUUUUGAUAAACUGGGCCCAGGAUUGUGUCCAAGGUGCUCUAUGGCACCAUCUAGUGGUCCAUUUACUGAGUCCCCAAAUCAAUCAAUUGGUGGGCAGUGCGUCUGCAGGGGUGGUGUCCAAUUAACCAUCACAUCAGGUCAUUGUUCUGUUUCUGGAAGACAGAGGGUUGGUAUGUUUGAUAGAACUUUGUAAAAACCAAAUAUGAUUAUGUCGAAGUCCCCUUCAAAGCCUUCCAGGCUCUUGGAUUUUAUGUUCUGUGCUGGCUUUGUGUUGGGGUUCUGUCUCUGUUUCAUGGCCAUUGCUUACUACAAAGCAUAUCAGAUCUCUCAGGAGACAGUGCCCUUGUCCUCACGGACCAGCAGCCUCUUGGGUGAGCACCCUUCAGUGCACCACUCUGCUGUUACCACUAAUGCCUCAGUCCUCUCGCCUUUGCCCCCCUCCCCCACCCCCUCUUCGGGUCGACUGCUCUGCUGGGUGUUGACCUCACCCCAGACUCUGUGGACCAGAGCUAAACACAUAGUGAACACCUGGGGGCCUCGCUGUGACACACUGCUGUUCAUGAGCUCUAAGCCGGACCUCCUGUUCCCUGGGACCGUGCUGGCUCUGGCAACAGAGGAGGGACGGGCCAACCUGUACAAUAAGACCAUGGCCGCUUUCAACUUACUGCAUGACGGUUACCUAGACAAGGCUGACUGGUUCCUCAAAGCUGACGAUGACACCUAUGUAAUUGUGGAAAACUUGCGUCUGCUCCUGUCUCGGUUCAGCCCAGACAAGCCUGUGUAUCUGGGCAGACGUUUUCGCCGCUUUGUCCAUCAAGGCUACAUGAGUGGUGGUGCUGGCUAUGUACUGAGCCGCGAGUCCGUGAGACGCUACGUCAGGGCCCUGCACCAUGGAACCUGCACCCAGUCCACCUCUGCAGAGGACCUACUACUGGGCUUCUGCCUCCAGAAGCUGGGAGUCCCGGCAGGGGACUCUAGAGACCACCAACACAGGGAAACCUUCCACCCCCUGUGGCUGGGUAAACUUCUCCGUACCGAAGACAUACUGCCCAAAUGGUUCCACCAGUACAACUAUUACCCUUCCAAAGUGGGUCCAGACUGUUGCUCCAAUUCAUCUGUAUCCUUCCAUUACGUUGAGCCAGUCAGAAUGUACAUGCUAGAUUACUUCCUGUACCAUCUCAGUCCAGUGGGGGGCCACAACCCAAAGCUGGGUGAGACCAGAGAGGAAUAAGCAGAGACCCCUUUCUAUGGAUUUGACAGUGACAUCCCUGAUAAUAAAUAAUAAUAUACAUGCUCAUACCGUAAUUAAUGAUGUCAUUCUCUUGUAAAGAGUUGUCUUGCAAACAUUAAAACCAAUGUUGUUACUAAACCCUUUAAGGUCCAUGCUAGUUCAAACCAAUUCAUCAUGAUCUCGUCUGGAUAUUUGCCUAGUUACAGUAUGUUGUCAUACAUUGAGUCAGUCAUUAAAGUCCUAGAGAUCCUAUUAAAUACUAUUCUAAUUCCUAAUUAUAUGGUUAAAAUGCUGUCUUCCAGUGACAUACUAUAUUAGCUGAGGUUCCAAAUUGGUGGGUGCGAUGUAAUAAAUAAUGAUUGAACCUCAAACCGGGACGUUUGAACUGUAUAAGAGGCCCCUUGGAGCAGAUCACUGAAGUGUUACUGGCCAUUUGAUUUGUUUUAUUCUCCAACGCAGGUCUUUUGCGUCAUAUUGUUUCAGAAUAUAUGAUAAGAGCUCUCAUUUUCAAUGUCUUCAGCAGCAUCAGCUAACAUCAUUUGGUAGAUCUAUGGGCAAGUUGCAAGAUCUGAACAGAACUCAACAUCCUGGCUUGUAUAUUGGCCUUUGUAACACUCAAGUUGAUCCAAUAUUGACAAUGUCUUGAUAAAUGAUAUACUAAACAAAAGUAUAGACGCAA